GGCAUGCCUAUCAUUGAGUUGAAUGUUCAUCGUUGCAAUGAUUUUUUUAAUUUUUGGCUUACGUAUUUUAAAUUUGCCAUAACGCACUUCUUUUAAGCAAUCUAAACAUCACAGUCUUCCUAUCUUUAAGCACUAAAUCAGUUAAGAAAACGGAGUGUGUUGUUUACAAGCCUUAUUUAUUUACAAGCGUUGACUAUCAUUGUAGCAUUCUUGUUGAAGUGGCGUAUAUUUAUGUUAUUGUAAUAACCAACAAGAGGCUUUCUAUAUUGCGGAAUAAAAUCAUAUUUUGUAUCUUUGAAGGACGAAAUCUAUAUAAGAUGCCUGCAGCGAGUUUUGGUUCUCUUUCUACACUUCCAGGUAAUAGUGAUUGUGGCAUCAAAGAUGUUUGGAAUCACAAUCUGCAUGAAGAAUUCCAAAUAAUCAGACAGGUUGUACAAAAAUACCACUGGGUUGCAAUGGAUACUGAGUUCCCUGGUGUUGUAGCCAGGCCUAUUGGAGAGUUCAGAUCAACAGCUGACUACCAGUACCAGCUGCUCAGAUGCAAUGUAGAUUUGUUAAGGAUAAUACAGCUUGGCCUCACAUUCAUGGAUGAAAAUGGGAAAACGCCACCAGGAUACACUACAUGGCAGUUUAAUUUCAAAUUCAAUUUACAAGAGGAUAUGUAUGCACAAGAUUCAAUCGAUUUGCUUCAAAACUCUGGUUUACAAUUUAGAAAACACGAAGAGGAUGGCAUUGAACCCUUGGAAUUUGCUGAACUCCUAAUGUCAUCAGGUCUAGUUCUUAUGGACAACAUUAAAUGGCUAAGUUUCCACUCAGGUUAUGACUUUGGAUAUCUCCUUAAGUUAUUGACGGAUCAAAAUUUGCCACAGGAUGAAAAUGACUUUUUUGAAAGCCUAAGGCUAUAUUUUCCAACAGUUUAUGAUGUAAAAUAUUUAAUGAAGCUUUGUAAGAAUCUAAAAGGUGGACUUCAAGAAGUAGCUGACCAACUAGAACUACGACGAGUUGGACCGCAACAUCAAGCUGGAUCUGAUUCACAUCUCACUGGGAUGGCUUUCUUCAAAAUAAAAGAGAUAUUUUUUGAUGACAAUAUUGAGAGUUCAAGUGGUCAUCUAUAUGGGUUGGGGGCACCGUUUUCAGUAAAUGCAAAUAACUUUCAAGACAACGGAGAAAACGGAAACUCUUCCUGAUCAGGGGAAUCUGUGCGUGUGACUAAUCUCACACCACAACCACGAAUAUUCCAUCUCACUGAGUAAAGAAAGUCGAAAAUUGUAAAAUGAAGAAUUUGAUUGAGUUUCAAUAGAAACAGGCACUACACUCCAUACACGACUUCCGCACACUACAGUUAAAACUUAUUAUUUUAUGCUUACUAUUAAAUAUACAUUUUUUUAAUGACA